AAUCGGGUGCUAUUUUCACUUUUGGAAAAAGCAGAUUUGCAGAAGAUAUUCCCAGCAAGUUCUGGUUCAAAAAUGACAAGCCUGUGCUUAUAUCAUGUGGAGAUGAACAUACUGCUAUUGUUACAGGGAAUGGUAAACUGUACAUGUUCGGCAGUAACAACUGGGGUCAGUUAGGACUGGGAUCAAAGAACACUGUCAGCAAACCAACAUGUGUUAAAGCUUUAAAACCAGAAAAAACAAAACUUGCUGUUUGUGGAAGAAACCACACUUUAGUUUACACAGAAAAAGGAAAUGUUUAUGCUGCUGGAGGUAACAAUGAAGGUCAGUUGGGAUUAGGAGACACAGAGGAAAGGACUACAUUUCAUUUAAUUAGUUUUUUUACCAACCAGCACAAGAUCAAACAGCUAGCAGCUGGAUCAUACACCUCAGCAGCAGUGACUGAGGACGGGCAGCUUUUUGUGUGGGGUGACAAUUCAGAAGGUCAGAUUGGCUUGGCUGAUGAAGCCUGUGUCAGUGUCCCUCGCCAAGUGGACGUUGGAAAACCUGUUUCUUCUAUAUCCUGUGGAUAUUAUCACUCUGCCUUGGUAACAGGAGAUGGCGAGCUCUAUACUUUUGGAGAACCUGAAAAUGGGAAACUGGGAUUAUUGCCUGAACAGCUGAAGAACAAUAGAGUCCCACAGCCUGUACUGGGAAUUAUGGAAAAGGUUAAUAAGGUUGCUUGUGGUGGAGAACACACAGUGGUGCUGACUGAGACAGAUGUAUAUACUUUUGGACUUGGACAAUAUGGGCAGCUGGGACAUGGCACUUUUAUUUUUGAAACUUCAGUACCAAAGUCUGUGAAACACUUGAGGAGGCUUAAAAUAUGUAACAUUACAUGUGGGGAAAAUCAUACUGCUGUAAUAGCAGAGAAUGGCCUCCUGUUUACUUUUGGAGAUGGGCGACACGGCAAGUUAGGUCUUGGAGAAGAGAAUUUUACAAAUCGGUUUGAUCCCACUCUGUGUUAUAAUUUCUUGAGAUUCACAGUCCUUUUGGUUGGUUGUGGUGGUUGUCACAUGCUAGUUUUUGCUGCUCCAAGGCCUAAAGGAUCUGAAGAAAUACUCUUAGAAGAUCUAUAUGAGGGCCGUUUGACUGCUACUAUCUCUAAAAUGAGUGGAGACUCGUUACUAACAAACACCUUACAACUAACAUCAGCACGAAUGCGGCGUCGAGAGAGGGAAAAGUCACCAGAACAGUUUAUUCGAAUGGCACAAACUCUGCCUCUGCUGGGAGAAAGCUUCUUAAAAUCUUCACUGCCUGUGAAUAGCAACACCAGCCCUCUCUGUUCUUCUGCAACAAGUCUUCUAAAGGCUGAACCCAUGCAGGAUAGAGACCAUGAAAAAGAAAAGAAUCAUCUAAAAGAAAAACCUGGUGAAGGCUCUGCAGAAGAAAAUUCGGAUAAUGAAAAAAGUGACAUAAACCUUGGAGAUACAACUGACAUCCUAAAUAUG